AUGGAGACUCUCCACGAGAUUGAUCCAGAGGAAUCCUCGUUUACAAAUACGUUUCGCUCUGCCCGCUAUGCUCUGGUCGAGGUUGGCUUAUGUGCGAGUGAUCUCGUCUGGCGCAGGGCCAUCAAAGAAUAUGCUGCCAACAGGAAUGACGAUGACGACCCCAGUUUUGAGAUCGCCAACAAAAUCUGCGAUCUGGUCAAAAACUGGGUGUUCGCCAUGCCGAACUUGAACCUUUCUUCGAGGAGCUUCAAUGUGACGCCCAAGUUUCUGCAGUUGAUUCAUGUUCUUAAAUCAUGUGGAGCUUACGGGGACAAGUUCCGUGGAAUUGUUUUGGUCCAACGGUCUGAAGUCGCGACUAUUAUGGUGGAUAUCAUGAGAACCAUGAUUGAUGAAUUGGCUUUCAUUCGACCUUAUGCUUUGACCAGCGAACUCCUUGUCACUAGUGGUCACGAGCAGCGCGAACUCCUCGACAACUUCGCGAGUGGAAAGUAUAACCUCUUCAUUCUAAUUAAAGGCUUGGAAGAUAUCGACCUUCCACGUGUCAAUGUCUUUAUACGAUACAACUUGUUUGAGAGCCAACUUUCCUAUGCGUUUGCUUGUGCGCAUACGAUGGUGCCUGAUGGACAUCUCAUCCAUAUGGCGGAGAAAGGGAAUGACUUACAUCACCGGAUUCUUCAAGAGUAUAGCGGUCCAGCUGUUGACGACAAGUGGAUCGAGAUGGUCUUACAAGGGGGGAAUUCCCCAGUUCCAUCUUGUCCACUGAAGGAAACUGGCAACCCUUACCGUUCGGACGAAGAAAUGGUUUCCAGAUUAGAGAUCUCAAUAGGAGACUCAGUCAAUGGUGGUCGAUUAUUUGAAGACGAUGCCUUGCUUGCUGUUUUCCGUAUCGCUACGAGCCUUCAGCGCAGCGUUACAACUCCAUAUCUUCACCCUCUGUUUGUUGUUCAUACCAUACCCAUACCCAGCAUGGGUGGGGUUCAACAAUUCGUGUGCACUGUGACACUCCCGCCUGGACUGCCUUUGCAGACGAUUCAGGGUCCUCCACGUUAUACGCCCGCUCAUGCGCGUCGCUCAGGAGCCUACCAAUUUUGCCGACGAUUAUUUGAGCUCAGCAGUUUGGACCACCGCCUGAUCUAUACCUCGCGUCGGUCUGACGAAAAUGCUUGCGCGAAUCCUUCCCUAUUGAAAUCAGAUCUAGUUUCUGGAAACAGUUGCUACAUGCGAAAAAGGCCGGACUUCUGGAUCAACUCAUUACGAAUUUCUGAAGCACGCCUCUUUCCUGUCGUCAUCUCCGUAGGCAAUCCAGAGGGCCCAUCUGAACCUUAUGCACCUAUCGUUAUUCUAACACGUCAACCAUUGCCUCAUCUAGAACCCUUCAAAUUAUUUUUCUAUGGCGUCUUUGCCACUGUCAGGAAUGCACGAGGUCCCGCCAUUGUCUUUGAUGGCGAACGUCUCGAUGAACUUCACUCGUAUACACUCAGAAUUUGCCGCACAAUUGCCAACAAAGCAUUUGUAUGUUCGUUGGACAAGAUGGCAUACUUCAUCGCACCUUUGCUUCCUUCCCAAGCCAAGGAUGUCUCGUGUUCCAACGUGAUCGACUUACACGAUGCCAUUGACUGGCAAGCUGUGGCACGAGCCAACAGCAAUUAUAUCACGCGUUUUAGUUCCGAUAGCUUACAAGACCCAAUCGAAUUUGAGGAUGCAGUCGUCCAGGAUAGAUUAGUCGAAUUCACUCGACGAUGCUAUGUUGUCCGUUUGCGCCCAGAUUUAUCACCAAUGAGCAAACCCUCAGACAGCCCACGUGAGGCGGAAUAUGCGAAUAUUCUGGAGUAUUGCAAAGCGCGUCGCAAGGGCUUUCAGAGCCUCCAAGACAACAACCAGCCUCUGAUAGAGGUAUCCAAGACUGCUACUGCGCUGAACCGCCUGAAUCCCGUCCACAAGCCCCUAAUAGAGACGAACAAGGCAGGUCCGAAAUAUCUCAUACCAGAGCUCUGUGGCAAAUGCACAAUUCCAGCGAGCAUAUACCGCACUGCGUUACUUUUACCAUCCAUCACUCGACGAAUCGAUGAUUUCCUGAUUGUAAAGGAGCUCAAUGCACAGUUCUUCGCAAAUAUGAUCCUGGAACAGCAUUUGUUGUCCGCUAUCUUUGCUCCUUCUGCGACCUUCGAAACAGAUUACGAAAGGCUGGAGCUUCUUGGCGAUUCAUUUCUGAAAUAUUUUAGUUCUGUUUACGUAUUCGUUUUUAACCCUGCUUUGAGUGAGGGCGCGUUGCACAAGGCACGGCAGCAUAUUAUCAGCAACAAGGUGCUCACGCAGUGCGCUCUUUCCAUUGGUCUGCCAUCGUACAUACAGGGGAAGACAUUCAGUUACAAAUUGUGGCAACCCCCAAACUUCACGGUCCAAGACGUGUCUUCACAGCAUCUGGAGAGGUCCAACGAUUUCAUGUCGUCCAGUGGCAAUCGUGGGAUGGCAAUUGAUACCAAAACACAGGCUCCCGUCAACGAUACCAAUACCUCUACUAUGCAUUCGACUUCCCAGUCAAAGGCCCUCGACGAUAACAUAACACAGUGGCUUGGAGACAAGACAAUUGCCGAUGUCGCAGAAGCCAUCAUUGGAGCAGCGUAUCUUUCUGGAGGCCGCGACGUUGCGCUCAAAGUGAUCAAGGCCCUCCGAUUACCUGUCGCUAAUGUCGAACAAUGGGAAGAUUUCCGCCGGAAAGCUCUUGCUCCCCCUUCAAAUGUCACGCCAAGGCUCCGUGGUGGCACUCUUUCAGCCGUGGAAAGCAUUAUCGGAACCAGUUUCAAGUACCCACACUUACUCUCUCAAGCUCUUACGCAUGGUUCAAUUCAUGGAUAUGAAAACACGUGCUAUGAGCGGCUUGAAUUCCUGGGAGAUGCGGUGCUGGAUUUCUUGGUGGUACGACAUGUUUUUAACAGGGAUGACCACAUGUCCCCUGGAGCAAUGACACUACUGAAGUCCGCCAUGGUGUCAAACUCAGCCUUGGCAGCGGUCUGCGUCCGGACUGGGUUACAUGCAUAUCUUCUUUAUGAGUCGUAUGCUCUUGGAAACAGCAUUCAGUCAUAUGCUGAGCAGCUGGAGACAAGGCGCCAGCAAGAACACCAAAAGGCAGUCAGGGAUGGGAGGCCUCCAGGGCAGUACUGGCUUGAUAUGGAGCCACCCAAGAUCCUUUCUGAUGUCGUAGAGUCGAUCAUCGGUGCACUUUACAUCUCAGACGGCUUCACAUCUGACGGCGUGGAAUUGAUGUUCAAGAAAAUCCUUGAACCUUUUUACGACCAGCAUGUCACAAUCAAGACACUUUCGCAUCACCCCACUAAAAUCCUAUUCGAGAUCAUGCAGACUCAGGGUUGCCAACAGUUCUCCAUAGAAAAAGAAAAACUUGGUGAAACUGACGGAACCCGUUGCGAUGGUAGGACUCAUUACCUUCUUCCUCUAGUUAUCGUUCAUGACAUUAUUUUGGCAAGUGCCACAGAGUCGACGGGAUAUAUCGCAGGGCGCAUAGCGUCAACUGCGGCCCUCGAUGCACUGGAAGGGGACCCCAGCUUUAUGGCUCACAACUGCAGCUGCAGAAACCGAACGCAGAUCGGAAAGAAAGACUAUAAAAAUAGGUUGGAAAAGAUGUUGGCUGAUCUUGAAGAGGGGCAGAACGUCUCAACUGAAGAGGAUCACAACGACAGCAUGGAGGUUAACUGA